GGUCGUCGAAUGGUUUUCUACACGAUGCCCACCUCCGUGGCAUCUUCCACCCUCAGGCACGUCCAAAACGGAGUGCUGACUGCCGCAACAGAAGGUGCCUUUAAAAAGCUAAAGGUCGAGACAAGCCCGACGUUAGUGACAUCGGCGAGCAGCCUUACGCCCCCGACGUCGACCCCGGGAGCUACAGGGGGCACGUGCCCGCCGACCCCAGCCAGACGUCGCCACAGGACAACCUUCACGCAAGAACAGCUGCAGGAAUUAGAAGCAGCGUUCGCCAAGUCACAUUAUCCGGACAUCUACUGCAGAGAAGAACUGGCCAGAAUCACAAAACUCAAUGAAGCGCGCAUACAGGUAUGGUUCCAGAACAGACGAGCCAAGUACCGGAAGCAGGAGAAACAGUUGCAGAAGGCACUUGCAGCGCCCUCUGUACUCCCUACCUGCAACGGGGCCAUGAUGCGAAAUAUUUACCCAACCGCGACUGUAGCAUCGAGGGGAUACCAGUACCCACCACCAAAUGCCAUCAACAGCAUGGGCAGCCGUUAUCAGCCCAUGACAUCCAGCUAUCCACCAAUGGCUGCCCAGCCUUUUCCCAUGGGACAUGCGAAUCCUAACAUGGCAGCAGCUAUGCGGCAAGAUGCGGACGAGGACUGGUACAAUAAGAGCUUUCCUGCGCUACGAAUGAACACGACACCUCAUCCAAACCUUUCCGCAGCACCUAUGCUUCAGUACCAGACAUAAUAGUUUCCGUAAAAAGCAUGAAAAGAGUGUGUCUCAAUCUGGCAUCAAGCACAAAAGACACUAACUUACUGACGAAUCAGAGACAAGGCAAUGCUAUGGAACAUAGCCAUGGCUAUUAGGCAUUGUUUCGUUUCCACAAGAAGCCUCUGAUAUGUGCGAGACAAGAUUUCCACCUGCGCACAUAAGUCUAAUGCACUGGAAUAAGAAUGCACUGGAAACGGACGUCACAAAGCUAUUCUUAAUCAACCAAAGGAUUUCUAGUAACUAAGCAAGGAAAUAAUUUUACUUUGUUAUGAAAAGAAAAAUUAAGAAAUAGCUGUCAUUUAUUAUCUUUAACAAAUAAUAAUCAAGUUAAACAAAAUAAAUCAACCACAUCUUUGAGUAAAUUAAAAACGGCCACUAUCUAAAGGAGCUCAGAAACAUACCGAUUUAUUUUAUUCUUCAGACAAAAUGGCAAAGGUUUUCGAAUAUUUUAAUAAUUCCUAGUACAUAAAUAUAUAUUUUUAACUGCUGUGACAAAAAAACGAAAUACAUCAAUGUUCCAAAGCUCAGCAACCCACAGCGCAUCAUGAACAGGCUUUACUUAAGCAGUGAGUAUGCUAGAAUUUUUCAGAAGAAAAACACGUUCUCUGAGAUGUGAGAUUGAGCUUAAUGUGUAUAACGUAUGUGGGACUUGUAAAGCUCCUUCUUGCAUAUCUUUUGCUGCUAUUAUUUUUCUUUCGGAAGAUCAACUGUCAAGUUGCUGAAGCAUCUUCGGUGUUCAGUACACUUAUUUCUGUGGAGAUAAAAGUUAAUUUUUAUGAGGUUUCAAUUUUAAGAAAUAAUAUUUGUGCUUUUUAAAUCUCAAAGAAUAAAUUACCUCAACUCUCGUUAAGUUACGACUAACAAAGCAUAAUAGUUGACUCUGUUUUGAACUCGAGAGGCUCAAUGCCAAACGCUAGUCUGUAUAAAAUAUAUUUCCUCAGCUUUACAUUAGUUUUGUAUUCUUUGCUAUUUGAUAUCAAGUAUCUGACAUGUACUUCUAGAAGAACUAAUAUUCCUAAUCAUGCAAAGAUCUUUUCACAGAAUACAUGUUUGGGUGCUUGUGAUACACUAUAAGCGCCAUGAAAUUCCAUUUAUUACAUUUACUUUUUUAUUGUAAAUAGCUUGGAUUUCAGUGUUAGAGCCUAAACUAGAUAUAUUGGAUUGCUUAUGCCUCUUUUUGUUAGGCAAAUGCAUAAUUAUUUAUGACAGAAUAAGCUACCUGUCAAAAUCAAAACACCGUAUUAAAAGAGAGCAAUGAUUUUCUGAUUUUAGUUUAAAGAUUCCAACUAAUUGAUAAAUGAGCUGUUUUCUUUGAAAGUGGUGUAAGUCUGUUUUUGACGAAAAAUUGGAUAAUAGUAACAAUGAAUGCAAUAUGAGUUUUUUUAUCUCUAAACAAUUUCCCCCAAAGUAUCUUUCAAAAUUUUAAUCAUUUUGUCAAUGUAAAUUUGCGUGGUUAAUGAAAUUACAAAUAUAAUUACUUUGAAAUUGAUAUAAGUCCACUUUUCAUAAAAACAUACUAUUUAUUUAAAACUUGUACUGCAUAAUUUCUCUGCUUCUCUUUUAUAUGUGUGGCAACAUUGUUAAUGACAUAAAAAUAUUCUUUCGUUCACUGGAAUUUUGGUACUUCGCCCAUUUUUGGUAGAGUCUAAAACUAAGUAAUGUGUUUUGUUUGUUCACUUAACUUGAAGUAAAUGAGUACGAUUAUCUCUAAAAUUAGUAACUGUUAAUUUUAUAAGAAUAUAUUAUAUAACCUUCGAAAAAAUCGAUAAUGCCAUCUUAGAAUCGGACAGUGAUUCAGGUAGGUCUCAUAAAAUUAACUCUUAUUUUGUACAUUUCCUUCUUCAUUUUAAUUAAUUUA